AUGGCAAAGAAAAAUGUUCCUGGUAAAGAGCAUCUGCAAAGAUUGAAUUAUCUAUAUCAGCUAGCUACGUGGCAUACAUGGCAACCGACGCAUUCAUUAGCUCGCCUCUAUGCACAGUCAAUGCACUCAGUAAGUACUAAAACAAGAAGUUCUAUUCUUCCAAGUAUCAAGAGAACAGUCUGUAAGAAAUGUCAUCGAAUUCAAAUUCCAGGUCGUACUUGUCAUGUCGUAUUAUCAAAUAAAGAUACAAAGAAAAAUGGUAGUAAUGAUCGACCCAAAUCUACAGCGAGCCAUAAAGAUAUUCUAGAAAUACAUUGUACAUGCGGCUCUAUUAAACGUUUCCCUAUUGGGACCAAUAGAGACUACACUUUGGCAUACGAAAAACCAGAUGCAUUAGAAGAAUUAUAA